AGUGCAGAGGCGGAGCUAGCCCAUCCCGGAGGGGGGAGGUGCCCGUCCUCUAGCCUCCCCAAGUCUGAUUUCUCUGCCUGGUGUCUGUGGGAAUCUGUCCGGCUGCCCCCUUGAUUUCCCUGGGCAAGCAGCGCCACGGCGCAGGGCGAGCGGCCCAUCACCUUCCCUUCCACGCUCUGUGCUUUGUGGGCCUCCAGGCAGAGGAGAGAGCAAAGAGAGCCCCGCUAGGACCGCGACGGCGCUGAGACUACAGGGUCCCGGGCUCUGAGCCAGCGAUGUUAUCCGCGGUCCUCUCGACGCUCUCCUGCCCCGCCCACCGACUACGUCAGGGGAAGGAACCGUUGAACGGCGUGGCUUUCGCCACGCCCCUUUCCCGGCGUAGCUUUUGCCACACGCCCCUUCCCCGGCAUUGUUAGCGCGCGGCGGCGGAAAAAUGGAGGACCUUGGUUGUGGCGAGUCGCUUGAAGGAGCUGCCGCGGCGGCUCGCGAAAAUACCUUAGAGGCGGCGGUGAACCGGUGGGCCCUCCUGUUCUACGCCCACCAGGCCAUUCAGGCUUUUUCGGCCGGCCACAGCCAGGACUUUCGCCAGCUGCGGAACAUCAUAUAUGCUGUGCUUGCACGGCCCCUAAUGCUGGAGAAACGCAUUGCCAUUCAGAUGUGGAUUAUCCAGCUUCUGUCUAGGAUUGAUGAAGAUUUUACCAUUGAUAUCAAAACCAAGUUAACGCCUCUUGAAUAUGCCCUUGUUCUUUUGGAUGAGAUGAAGAAUGAAUUGGACAUUGAUGUAAUAGAAGAAAUGAGGAGGGAAAUAAUGGAAGCGGCUGUUAUAACCUGUCUAAAAAAUGAAGCAUAUGGACAAGCCAGAGAAAUAUUAAAUAAACACCUAACAAAGGACCCAAGUUCCCAGGAAAUGAGAUCGACGUUGCAGAGCAUCAUUGAAGAAAAAACAUCCACUCAUCCAGCCAUCUGCAACUUCUCCUAUGAUCGUUUCCAGCAGAGAAUACUUCUGCAUUUAGAAAGCUGCUUGAGUGACUCUGAACCCUUUCUCUUAGAGAUGGCCAAAAAGGAUUUGGAAAAUAAGAUUGAGCCCAGGCUCAAUCCUUUGGAAAUGGCCACCAAGGAGGAAAUGGUGAAAAAUACCCCAGAGCAGCAGAUGCUUUACCCUGAAUCUGUGAGAAUAUCUGAUGAGACUUUGGAAGAGUCCAGGUCUGAGGGAGGCCCUAAGAAGAUACUUGAAAUGCCUUUGAUGGAGGCAAAGGAAGCUAUUUUGGAAUUUGCUUUUGAAUUUACUGAAGUGGCGGAUGUGUAUCAGGCAGCUUCAAAGCUAGAAGAAGAAACCAGUGGAGCUGCAGAGCCUACUGUGGUUACUGAUGCCACUGUCUCAGCAGCUUCCAGUGACUCUGACAGAUUAGCUAAGAGGAGACGUCAUGAUGAAGAUGAACUCUCAGGCCUGGAAUCGAAGGAAGGCGGCAGCGGCGACGACAGCGUCUUCUUCAGUAGUAGUAGUGGCGGCAGCAGCAGCAGCAGCACUUCCUUCUCUGGUCCUAAAAGGAAGAUGUGGACUUCAGAGGAGUCUCAGUGGAUUAAGAAAGGAGUGAAGAUGUUCGGGGAAGGGAAGUGGAAAGCCAUUUCCCAGGCAUUCCCUUUUAAGAACCGGACUGCUGGGGGGAUCAAGGACCGAUGGCGGACAAUGAAGAAACGGAACUUGGAGAAUGACCUGGAGGCAACCACACUGCACCAAAAUCCAAUGAGUUAAUUCAGGCAUGUCAAACUUGUUUCCCUCCAGAUGUUUUGGCCUACAAUUCCCAUGAUCCCUAGCUAGCAGGACCAGUGGUUGGGGAAGAUGGGAAUUGUAGACCAAAACAUCUGGAGGGCCGCAAGUUUGACAUGCCUGAUUAACUUAAAUGUGAAUUGCACUGAAAUUGCACUGUUGCACAAAUUUGUAUACCACAAAAUAUUUCCAGUAUUAAAAAGUAAUGAGGUCUCAGUAUUUCUUAAAAAAUGAGUUGCCAAGUCCAUCGGGUCAAGGGCUCUUAUUAUACAGUACUUGUUUGUUAAUAGGUUGAUCAAUUUAUUCUGCAGAAAGUUAUCUUUUGUUGUGCUUUCUUUUUUAAAGGUUUGAUACUACAUCUUUUCACUUUUUCUUUUUUAGGUAGAGGGUUAUUUGGGUUAUAUAAAACUCCAUAAACAUCUAAAACUCCAUAAACAUAUUGCUAAUUUGAUUUUAGUCGAGUGAAAGUGCUAUAUUUAAGGUGCAUAUUUAAGAUAAUUAUUUAUGUAAAUUGCUUUCUUUUGAGAGCCCUGGCUAGCAUUUUGGAAUGUUUAUUACCAUAUUCAUAGGAUUUUUGACUCACAAAGACCAUGGAUUUGCCUAUUCUGUUCCAAUCUAACACUUCUAAUUCGGAUCUUUUGUUUUCCAAUUUUCUAAGGAUUUCAUUGGAACAUGUUUCAAAGUGCUCCCCCCCCCCAAUUUCUGUAUUUCUGGUAAUAAUGUUCCUUUAACAGGCACUGCUUCCCAUGAUAGUUAAGAGGAAUCUCCACCAUGCUAUUUGGUUUGGCACUAGCAUUCAAGGUGUUCUGGGGCAGGACAAGGGUGUUGCUAGUUAGUGCAAGUAGAUAAAUAGGUACCGCUCCGGCGAGAAGGUAAACGGCGUUUCCGUGCGCUGCUCUGGUUUGCCAGAAGCAGCUUAGUCAUGCUGGCCACAUGACCCAGAAGCUGUACGCUGGCUCCCUCGGCCAAUAGAGUGAGAUGAGCGUCGCAACCCCAGAGUCGUCCGCGACUGGACCUAAUGGUCAGGGGUCCCUUUACGUUUACCGGCCAAAGGCAGAGCUAGCUACUCCACCGGAGCAGCGCACAUGCUGUCCACCUGGGGGUGGGGUGAGCAUCCCACGGGAGUGGGGCGAGUGUCCCAUAGGGGGGUGAGCACGGGGGUACCACCGCCCGCGGUGAGCAUCCCAUGGGAGGGCAGCAAUGUCACCCCCCCUCAGGGAUGACAACCGGGACAGACUGCACCCCCCUUCCUCCGCCAGUGACAGAGGGAGAUGAUGGCCCUGCUAUUAACCCAUCACAAAAACCAUCUUCAAUUUAAAAGGGUAACCGAGUUGUCAGGGCAACGUGUGUGUGAUGUCACACUGGAAAAAAAGUUGUCAUUUUACACAGAGAUUUUUGGACAAGGUGUUAUGGGAACAAGGAGGAGCAAAUUAUAAGACCUCCAUAGGGGGGGGCUGAAGGUCAAGACCACCUUGGCAGGCCGGCCGAAAGAAGGGUCGGACAGAGGCAUGGAGAGGUCUUGGAGUCCAGUGCUGCUUUGUUGUAGGGAACAAGCCCCUUGUGCUCCACACCCCUUCAUCCAAGAGCCAAGCUGUAUAUAAAUAUGUGGGGAAAAAUACAUGAGAAAGACACUGCAGUCUCUUGUUGUGCCCCAUUUCAAGGAAGGACAAAGCCUGGCUAAGUGCAACUAUCCCUAUAACCCAGGCAUGUCAAACAUGCGGCCCUCCAGAUGUUUUGGCCUACAACUCCCAUGAUCCCUAGCUAGCAGGACCAGUGGUUGGGGAA